UCCCGCCCGGAACGACCUGGUCCCUUCUGGUUUCGGUCGCUAUGGGGCUGGCGCCGCUGGGUUCGUUCCUGGUGGCGCUGCUUACGCUGGUGUGGCUAGCCUCGCGCUGGCUGCGACGACGCGGCGCGGGUUGGGGACACCGAACCCUGUGUGCGGCGGGACCGCCGCGGGCCGAUGACGUACGAGCCCUGGUCGUGACGGCGCACCCUGAUGACGAAGCAAUGUUCUUUGCUCCCACAAUCCUCAGCCUGGGCAGGCUUCGGGCCCAACUCUGGCUGCUGUGCUGCUCUUCAGGAAAUUACUACAAUCAAGGGGAGAUUCGUAAGAAAGAGCUUGUACAGAGUUGUGCUGUUUUGGGGAUCCCUUCUUCCAAUGUAACAGUUAUUGACCACAGGGACCUUCCAGAUGAUCCAGCUGUUGAAUGGGACACGCAUCUCCUCUCUACCUUUGUGCUAGAGCACAUAGAAACCAACUACAUCAACCUGCUGAUAACCUUUGAUGCGGGAGGAGUGAGCGGCCACGCUAACCACAUCGCCCUUUACACGGCUCUAAGGUACCUGCAGUCAGAGGGGAAGUUACCUGAAGAGAGCCAUGCGGUGCCAUCACAGCCAGCUUCUCUGGUUCCGCCACACCUAUAUCCUGUUCUCACGCUUCAUGGUGAUCAAUUCACUUUGCCUUCUGUAAAGGAAAGGAGAAUCAUACACACUUCCAGGGGCAUUCAGAGACCAGAGAAGGGAAACAAAGAAAAGAGAGGCUCUGCCUGACCAAGCACUAUUGAAAGCUCUUGCUUCUUUAAUGUCUCAAGAAGAGGACAGAAUUCCACCUUCUGGGUUCCCUGCAGCCUUUCAGAUUGAAACAUACAGUAUUUACAUCCUUCUAGGUGUCCUUUGCCUGACAGCCUGGGUUCAAACAAUUACUGAACUCCCAUUGUAAUAGCACAACUGGUCUUAGAACCACCAGCAAAUCAGAUUGAUCUGAGUCUAAUUAGUAGUGAAGUAGAAUUUUGGAGGUGUUUAGGAUACAGCAUGUAUUGUAUGUGCUUUUACAAUGGGUUUCCCCAGGGAGACCAGGACCAGAUGACCACCUGGUGAUUCCUGCUUUUUAUCCAUUUCCCUCUGCUGUAAAGAUCAGGCAUCAGGAGUGACUUGUCUAAGGACACACAUUGUCCCUUGGGGUUUGAACCAGGAUCCUCACAGCCCUCAGGCUGUAACACUGAACCACACAGACCUGCCUGUCAGUCAGCCAGUUCCUGCUAAUGGAGGGCUGGUUUCUUGACUUUAAAAUGCCAAAAUUUUAGGGAUAAAAUAUUAAAAAUUAUACAGACUAAUAUAA